CACAGCCUGAGCUUUGAACACUACUUCAAUAGUCUCAUAUCAGGAAGAGGUAAAGGGAGGAGGAAUUGGGCUUCUCCGGCCUUUCUGCCCAAGCUGAGAAAGAUGCAGCUCUCUCUGGGAAAUAUGCUCUCUUCUCUUUGGGAAGGAGUCCCUCUACAGAACCUUCUUCUGAUCUCUGCCAUAGUCCUGAUCCUGGCACAUUAUCUGCAGAGCAGGAGACAGCGUCCAAACUACCCCCCUAACCCUCCCCGGCUGCCCAUAUUGGGCAACUUCUUCCAGAUGGACCUCAAAAAUCCCCAAGCCAACAUCCAAAAGCUAGCCAGGAAAUAUGGAAAUGUUUUCUGCUUGUACUUGGGCAAUCUUAAUUUAAUGGUGGUAACUGGAUUGCCACUGAUCAAGGAGGUUCUGCUCAAUCAAGACCAGGUGUUCAUUGAUCGUCCUCAAAUCCCUGUCCACUCCCAUGUCUUUAAAACAUUUGGCUUGUUCAUGUCUAAUGGCCCAGCAUGGAAAUACCAAAGAAGAUUUGCCUUAAUGACUCUUAGGAAUUUUGGUUUGGGAAAGAAGACUUUGGAGGAUCGAAUCCGGGAGGAGGCCAUGUAUCUCACUGAGGCUAUCAGGGAAGAAAAAGGACAGCCCUUUGAUCCCCACUUUCAGCUCAACAAUGCUGUUUCUAAUAUCAUUUGCUCCAUAACUUUUGGGCAUCGCUUUGAGUACCAUGAUUCUCAGUUUCGGGAGCUGCUGAAGAGUUUGGAUGAUGUCACAGUGCUUGAAGGCAGGUGGGAGUGUCAGCUCUUCAAUAUAUUUCCUUGGAUAAUGAAAUUCUUGCCAGGAGGUCAUCAGAAAUUCUUUGGAGAAUGGAAGAAGCUAGAAUCUUUUGUAGAACAGGUGAUCAAACAACACAAGGAAAACCUGAACACAGAGGAGCCCCAAGACUUCAUUGAUGCUUACCUAAAGGAGCUGUCCAAGGAUAACAUCCAUUCUAGUUUUAAUGAAAAAAAUUUAGUCUUCUGUACCCUGGACCUCUUCUUUGCUGGAACAGAGACAACCUCAACCACUCUGAGAUGGGCACUUCUGUAUAUGGCCCUUUAUCCGGAGAUCCAAGGCAAAAUACAAGAAGAGAUAGAUAGGGUGAUUGGCCAAUCUCGGCAGCCCACCAUGGCUGAUAAGGAGAAUAUGCCCUACACUAAUGCAGCUGUUCAUGAAGUUCAAAGAAUGGGAGAUAUUCUUCCUUUCAAUGGGCCCAAAGUGGCCUCAGUUGAUACCACAGUGGGAGGAUAUUAUGUGCCAAAGGGGACUGUAUUGUCAACCAACUUGACUGCCUUGCACAGGGAUCCCAAAGAGUGGGCUACCCCAGAAAUCUUCAACCCGGAACAUUUUCUGGAGAAUGGUCAAUUUAAGAAAAGAGAGUCCUUUCUGCCUUUCUCAAUGGGAAAGAGAGUGUGCCUGGGAGAACAGCUGGCUCGGGCUGAGCUCUUCCUUUUCUUCACCAGCCUGCUCCAGAAAUUCACAUUCCAGGCUCCUCCAAACACCCAGCUGAGUCUGGACUCCCGAUCUGGCUUAACCAUCUCUCCUGCCCCCUACAAAAUCUGUGCCAUUCCUCGAGAGAUGUAGAUCAAGCCAGGCCUGGAGGGAAGGGGUGAUCUUCAAACGGGCACAGGGAAAAAUAUAGAACCAUCCUCAUUUUCCCUGCCUUUGGAGUUUGGUCUCCUUUGGAGACCAAAGGAGGGUAUCUGUGGCCCAGUGUGAAGACUCCCAUUCAUAAAAAGGAAAGGUGUGAACAUCAGCAAAAGGAAAGCACAGAGUCCUUACUGGAUAUGGAGAUUAGAAGGCUGAGUUCAAAUCCCAGUCCUAUCACCUACCAAUUGGUUGAUUUGGGGGCAAGUCCCUUGAACCUUGGCCUCUGUUUUCAAAUCUAAAAUGAGGAGGAGAAAUAUCUCUAAAGUCCCCUCUAGUUCUAAAUCAACACACACACACACACACACACACACACCCAAUUCUCUGAAAAGAGAACCAUUGCUUUUUUUUUUUUCUUCCCCUGACUCAACAGUGGAGUGAGAUAAGGUUUUUGUUUGCAAUGAUUCCUUUCUCUCAUUAUAACUCAUACGAUGGAUGUAAUUUUAGGGAAGCUUUCAGAGAGUUUAAAUGAGGUAGAGGAAGUAUCCCUAGAUACUUCCCUAGGUUGAUGAUAAUGGUCCAAAAAAAUCCUUAUAGAUUGUGAACUCCCUGUGGGCAGUUUUUCUCUCUUUGGAUUUAUAGCAUCCAGCCCAGUGCCCAGUCUAGAGAAUUAGCCCAAUAAAUAUUCCUGAUUGUUUCCAUCUCUAA